UCCUCGUUAAAUAACGAAAACCUGAUGGUAGCGUCAAUAUUCUGCCUCCUCUUUAUACACGCAAAUGCUAGCUCUCUGGAAAAUUGAAUGCGUGCCCUGGUGAAUUUUCAGUGAUUAAUUCGAAGUCUGUUUCUAUAACGAGAUUUGUGUUGGGGAUUUGCAAUAACCAGUCGAAAGGUUCACGGGAAAUACUUAUCAACAUGGGCACUAAAACUGUUGGGAGGAAAGGGCGUGAGGGAGACAAAAAGAAAAAUGAAGUCCAUUCCUCCAAGGAUAUGACUCCCUGUGCAAAUUCAUCAGCUGUGAGUAUAGGGGAAGGUUUGACUUUGAGUAAUGAGCAUGAGGAAAAGAACACUAAGAGGCACAAGGCUAAUGGUUAUGAUUUUGAGCUAAGUGCUACUGAAACUGAGGAUGUUAGCCUAGGGGGUGACAUAGAUCUAAGUAAUCAUGAGAUAGAGAAGAAUAGGAAGAAGAAGAAGAAAAGGAAGUUAGAGCAGAUUAAUGCUGAAUCUUAUGUAGUAUCUCAGACAGUUAGGAAGCCAAAUAAGGCAGGUGAUACUGGUGGGGAAGUUAGUGAAAGUAAAGAGGAUUUGAAGGAGGCCUUUACUGGAGUAGGGGAGAAGAUGAGCCUGCAAAAGGAUGCCAAAAUAGAUCUGGAGAGCAAUUAUGAGUCUGGAGUACUAAAAGAUAGGAAAAAUAAGCACAAGAAGAAAAAGAGCAAAGAUAAAAAUGAAAAUGGAAGUGAUCACUUGGAUGAAAUUAUCACGGAUUAUGUUGAGUCUCCAAGGAAGGAGAGGAAGAAAAAGCAGCAGCAGCAGCAUCAUAAUGUUGAUUUGGAGGCUAAGUCACCAAAAGUCAUGGCUGAGACACCUGGUAAUGAAAGUAAUGCAAUUGAGGAAAAUGGCGGUAACAUUGAUUCAGCUGAAGAUGAAAACCUAGAUGCUCAUGCUCUUUAUGCAGAGGAUGGAAGAAAAGAUGAAAAGAAGAGAAAAAAGCGGAAGAGGGAGAAGGAUGUUAGGGAUACUGGGGUAAUGAUUGAUGAAAGUGAUCGAAAAGAUGUUGGAAAUGAAAGUGAAUUGGAUGGAAAUAUCAUGAAAAAUGUUGAACCUUCAAGGAAGGAGAGUAAGAAAAAGAAAAAGCAUAAUGUUUAUUUGGAAGCUGCAUCUCGGGAAAGAAUGGAUGGGAAAUUAGGUAACCAAAACAAUCAAAUGGGAGAAAAUGAAGGUAAUGAAUAUUCAAUUGAAAAUAAGGCAGGAGGUGGAAAAAUAGAAGGCCAUAAUGUUAAGAAAGUCAAGAAGAAGAAGGUCAAGUCAGUUGAAAAUGGUUUAGAGGGAAAGGGUAGUGAAAGAGAACUGAGAAUCAGCAAAGGUGUUGAGGCUACUAAUCCAUCAGAAAGGUCUACACCAAAAGGGACAUCUAAGAGAGUAAGUUUUUCUGAACAGGUGGAGGUUUUCCCUUUAUCUGAUGGUCCAAGUGGGGAGACUGUUCAGAAAGAGAAAUUGGUGCAGGGGAAGCGAUUCUCACGUGAGGAAGAUGAGAUGGUUAAAGAAGCCGUUUUGAACUACAUUAGUGCUCAUGGAUUGGGUGAAGAAGGCCUGAAGAUGGUUCUCAACUGUAAAAAGUACCCUGAACUUAAAAAUUGUUGGAAGGAAAUAGGGGCAGCCUUACCUUGGAGGCCUUUUGUUAGUGUCUAUUAUCGUGCCCAUAUCUUGUUUGAAAGGGAUAAAAAACGUUCUUGGACUGCAGAAGAGUGUGAACUUGUGCUUAAGUUUCAUGAGAAAUAUGGAUCAGAUUGGAAAACUUUGGCUGAAGCACUUGGCAAACAUAGGAUUCAUGUCAAGGAUACAUGGCGUAGAAUAAAAGUUGCUAAUAGGAAAAGGGGACGAUGGUCCCAAGAGGAGUACCAGACUUUAUUUGAUUUAGUGAACAUGGAUUUGCGUAUGAAAGCUCGUGAGGAAACGAGAUCAUCCAAACAUGGUAUGUUGAGAGAUAAUAUCUGUUGGACAGCUAUCAGUGACAAGCUGGGGACCAGAACUACUCCUAUGUGCUGCAUGAAAUGGUAUCACCAAUUAACUUCACCUAUGGUAGCUGAAGGUGAAUGGCUUGAUGUAGAUGACUACCAACUUGUGAUUGCGCUCUAUGACUUGGACGCUUGCUGCAUGGAAGAUGUGGACUGGGAUAAUCUUCUGGAGCAUAGAUCUGGUGAUGUGUGCCGAAAGAGAUGGAACCAAAUGGUCAAACACCUUGGUGAGCACGGGAAUAAGUCAUUUGCUGAACAGGUUGAAGUUCUUGUGGAGCGUUACUGCCCAGAUGUGCUUGAAGCAAGAGAGGCCUAUAACAGCAAACCUGUAAUUCGUUGAGUUUAUGGUCCUAUCACAUGAUUGUGUUUUCUGGGCUCUUUUGCAAUCUUCUGAAGGCUAAAGCUGUUGCAAUCUACAUAUCUACCUGGAGUUUGGAACAGUGGGUUGUUAUGUACUGAUAUAAAGUUUUUAUGGCCCUAUCUUUUGUUCGGGACUGAUAUUAUACUGAUUAUAAGAAUUUCAUGUAGGGAAAUAAAAUUCAUUGCACAAGCUCAGAAAUCUUUUAGGAUUCGUUUCCUUAAUUAAUUGUUUUAAAUUAUUACCGGGGCCAAGAUGAAGAUAGUGCGAGAGGCAAGCACCCUACAUUAUUGGGAUAAAACAGUUUGUAUAAUAUUAUUUGAUAUUAAUGAACUGUUUCUAUCUGGACACUUCCUUUAUUAUUAUUGGUAGAACUCUAUUUUUUGUUGUUA